AUGACCAUUGCCCCACAGGUUCGAGUGGGCGUCGGUGUUUUCAUUCUCGAAUGCAUAGAUGGGCCACCUGCCAACCCUCGGUUUCUGAUCGGCAAACGCAUCAACUCCCAUGGGUCAGGCACGUAUUCUCUCCCCGGUGGACAUCUAGAAUUCGGCGAGACGCUCGAAGAGUGCGCUUCACGCGAGUUGCUCGAAGAAACCGGCCUCAAAUCAUCCAAUCUAAAGUUUCUUACCGCCACCAAUGACUAUAUGCCUGCUGAAGGAAAACAUUACGUGACUAUAUGGAUGACAUGUGUACGAGAAGACGAAAGUCAGCCUCCUCAGCUUCUUGAGCCAAAUAAAUGCGAAGGGUGGGAAUGGGUAAGCUGGAAGGAGCUGAAAAGCUGGGCAGGGAAUAACAUCGAAGGUUCCCUUGGUGAGGGAAACCCUUUAGCCCGCACGUUAUUUCUGCCGUUUUUGAACUUGCUGCAACAGCGGCCUAAUAUAACACCCGCUGUCAUUCAAGGUCAACAAGAAUAG